GACAUCGAGGCCUAUGUGACAAUUCUCUAAAAUAUUUAAGCUCCAAAAUCACAGAGCAAAAACUACAGAGCACCUGGCUUCCUGCUGGCCAAGGGAAUCCAGAGAAAUCACUCCUGGGCCCCCGUGGCUCUGUUGUGCCCAUGUUCAGCCCUCAGAAUGGCCUUCACUCGGUCCAUUCUGAGAACAGCCCACUGAAGCCCAGGGUUGUGACCGUGGUGAGGCUGGGUGGGCAGCCCCUCCGUAAAGUCACCAUGCUCCUCAACAAGCGGUCGGUGCAGACAUUCGAGCAGCUCCUAGCAGACAUCUCAGAAGCUUUGGGCUUUCCAAGAUGGAAGAAUGAUCGUGUGAGGAAGCUGUUUAACCUCAAGGGUAGAGAAAUCAGGAGUAUCUCUGAUUUCCUCCGGGAAGGGGAUGCUUUCAUAGCUAUGGGCAAAGAACCCUUAACGUUGAAGAACAUUCAGAUGGCCAUUGAGGAACUGUAUCCUAACAAAAACCGGGCCCUGACCCUGACCCAGCACAGCCGGGCCCCUUCUCCAAGACUGAGAAGCAGAUUUUAUAGCAAGGUUCUGAAAGGGGGCCACCACUGUGGGGAAGCUGGGAGCGGCAGUGAGCCUGCCCAGAGCAAGGCAGUCAUCAGGAGUCAGGGAAAGUCCGCUGUGGAGCCUGCGCUAGAAAACAAAGUGAGGGCCCAGAAGAAGUGGGUGAGAGGGAAACGGGAGCCUGAACCUGGUAGCAAGCUGCCCAGAGAAACCACUCGGGAGGAGGGGCAUGCAAGUGGAGAGAAGCACCUGGGGUUGGAGAUUGAACAGACCUCUGGGGAGAUUGUCCGAUGCGAGAAGUGCAAGCGAGAGCAGGAGCUCCAGCAGAGCCUGCAGCGGGAGAGGCCCUCCCUGGGGGCCAGUGAGCUGGACAUAGGCAAGUGCCAGAGGUAUGAUGUGGAGAAACUGGUGAGGACGAGAAGCUGCAGGAAGUCUCCAGAGGCAAACCCUGCACAUGGUGGGGAAGGACGGAAGGGUGACAACCAUAAGAGCAGUCCCAGGAGUCCCACUCACGAGCUGAACAGGCCCAGCAAGAACACAGACAAGAGAGAGGACAGAGUCCCAGAGGAUCAAGCAAGCCAUCCUCAGGGAGCAGCCAAGAUCAAGAAGGAGCUCACCGAAGCUCCUGCCGUGACAGAGGGGCCCAGGGAUGUAAAGAAAGACAUCAGGCAUGUUUGCAAGAACAAACAUGGUACCUGUCUCCUGAGAGAACACCAGACUGAGCUGGAGAGGCUCUCUAAAACCCGAGGGGAAGAAAAGGAGGCAGAAAAGGAGAAGAAGUCAGGUGUGUCAGGAGGGAGGAAGAUGACUGUCAGAGAUGACCCCCUUGCAAGGGUAGAGAAGGAGCCCAAGACCAGGCCAGAAGAGAGCAAGCCAGAACGGUCCAGUGGGCGGAAGCUGCGACCUGUGGGCAUCAUCACAGCAGACGUGGAGAAGCAUUAUGAGACUGGCCGGGUCAUCGGGGAUGGGAAUUUUGCCGUGGUGAAGGAGUGCAGGCACCGUGAGACCAGGCAGGUCUAUGCCAUGAAGAUUAUCGACAAGUCCAAACUCAAGGGUAAGGAGGAUAUUAUUGACAGCGAAAUCUUAAUCAUCCAGAGCCUCUCUCACCCCAACAUAGUGAAACUGCAUGAAGUAUAUGAAAUGGAAAUGGAAAUCUACUUGAUCAUGGAGUAUGUGCAGGGAGGGGACCUUUUUGAUGCCAUCAUAGAAAGUGUGAAGUUCCCCGAGCCUGAUGCAGCCCUCUUGAUCAUGGACUUAUGUAAGGCCCUUGUCCACAUGCAUGACAAGAACAUUGUCCACCGGGACCUCAAGCCAGAAAACCUUUUGGUUCAGCUAAAUGAGGACAAAUCUACCACUUUGAAACUAGCUGAUUUUGGCCUUGCCAAACGUGUGGUGAGACCUAUAUUUACUGUGUGUGGAACUCCAACUUAUGUAGCCCCCGAAAUUCUUUCUGAGAAAGGUUAUGGCUUGGAAGUGGACAUGUGGGCUGCAGGCGUGAUCCUCUAUAUCCUCCUGUGUGGCUUCCCUCCAUUCCGCAGCCCGGAGCGGGACCAGGAUGAGCUCUUUAACAUCAUCCAGCUGGGCCACUUCGAGUUCCUUGCGCCUUACUGGGACAAUAUCUCUGAUGCUGCCAAAGAUCUGGUAAGCCGGCUGCUGGUGGUGGAUCCUAAAAAGCGCUACACGGCCCAUCAGGUUCUUCAGCAUCCCUGGAUUGAAACGGCUGGAAAGAUGAGCAAGGCGAACCUCCAAAAGGAAGUGACCCCCAGCAGCGAGGGCCACACUCGGAGCCAGCACAAGAGGGCUGUGGAGCAGGCACUGUAGUCACUGCCUUGGGCCUGGGUUCUGCUCUAAUUCUGCUUGAGGAUGGAGAAAAGGGUGGAAGUCUGGGAGAGAAAGAGUCAGAGAGGCUUCUUCGCAUAACUCGACAACCAGGAGAGAUGCACAGUGUAUUUUAAAAUGUAUUUAAAAAAUAUACUGAGGCCUGAUGUUAAAUGUGACAUAUUUUUAGAUUUUUAGAUCUAAGGCGUUUAGUAUAAUUCUGUUGGUUUUUUUGGGGGAAGAGUUGUCAUCAGUGAGAAAUUUUUGCUAAUCAUUUUGCUUCCUCCUUGUAACCAAGUUUGUGGUGUACUACAUGAGUGGUGCUUUCUAGUGUCUAAACUCCCCCAGACAGUUGUUAAGGUGAAUCAUAGUCUUUCUGUGUUAAUAAAAUAUGCUCUGAAUAACACA